AUGUCGUUUGACACUGACACAAUAUUUAUCGACGAUGCCUCGUCACCAUCCGCUCACUCAAACCUGCUUAUCUGCCCCCCCGUUAACCUCGACCCCCAGCCCGGAGACCCUCCGCCCUCGCCUCCGCUGGCCAGCGCCCUCAACACCAUGGCGAGCUUGUUUGAGCGUCUGGAAUGGACGGGCAUAAUUGCCAUCCCCCUCCUCGCCCUCGCAUCUUGUACCCUGUACCGGGUGCUGGACGCCGAGCUAAGCGUCCACGAGCGUCGCCACCGACGCGCGUUUCCAGAGGCAGACACCGCAGCCGAGGCCGCUCGGAGGGCUUCGUUUCAAGAAUCGCCGUGGACAGACCACCAAAAUCUGCAGUUUCCGUUGGCUCUGCAAAAUGGGAAGAUUGUGGUGCGAGAUGCUCCAAUCCAGUUUGUUCGACAACGACUUGCUUUCCCUUCUCUUUAA